CUUGCACUGAAUUAAAGGGGAUGCGAGGCAGGAGGCUGAGUACAGAGGCUGGGUGGAUGUGAGGAUAUGUGGGGCUUCGGGGAGGAGCGCUCCCUCAAAAGCAAGCGGCACCGUCGGGUUAUGUAGCAGUCCAGCCCGAGCAGAGCAGAGCAGCGACCAGGCAAGCAGGGCGCAGCAUCAGUGAUUCAAGGAACUGCAACUACAGGAAGAGGCGCUAGGAGGCCCGAGCAAAGCAGCCGUUAAAAAGCCUCCACCAAGAGAAGCGGUGCCUGUGGAUGGACAGUGCAGGCACCCAUGGCGUCACAGGAGCUUGUAGGUGCGAGAGACUCUUCCGCUGAUAAUCUGAACCUGGGAAUGGAGGGUGGUGCUGCGCCCAGCAACGGUAAAAACUGUCCUCUCCACACACCGGGCGGAGAGGAUACGAAGAGGGGCUUUCGUAAAGGCAUAGGGAGGCAUAAUGACUACGUGAAGAUUUCCGUGCCGGAGUCCAAGGCCAAUCGCCUGCCCAUGGAGUGGUGGAAGACAGCAAUAACCUUCUUUUACGCCGGCUUUAACUUGGUCCUGACGACAGUUGUCAUCACUAUAGUCCACGAGAGGGUCCCGCCCAAAGAAAGCAGUCCGCCUCUUCCCGAUAAGUUUUUUGACUAUAUUGACAGGGUCAAAUGGGCAUUUACAGUGACAGAGAUAAAUGGCAUGGUGCUGCUGGCAAUAUGGAUGAUCCAGUUGUUCUUCUUCAGAUACAGGGCAAUAGCAUGCAGGCGGUUCUUUUUCCUCAUUGGCACCCUGUACUUGUACCGAUGUGUCACCAUGUACAUCACCACCCUGCCUGUGCCUGGCAUGCAUAUGACUUGUGCUCCUAAGCUCCACGGAGACUCCCAGGCAAAAAUCCAGCGAAUUCUGCGGCUGAUUUCAGGUGGAGGUCUGUCCAUUACAAACUCCCAACUCUUGUGUGGAGACUUCCUCUACAGUGGACACACUGUGAUGCUUACCCUCACCUACCUAUUCAUCAAGGAGUACUCGCCGCGGUCGUUUUGGUGGUACCAUCUGAUGUGCUGGCUGCUGAGUGCCGUGGGUGUGGUGUGCAUCUUGGUGGCACAUGAGCACUACAGUGUGGACGUAGUCGUGGCCUAUUUUAUCACCUCCCGCCUGUUCUGGUGGUACCACACCAUGGCCAACUUACAGACUCUGAAAUGCUCGCCCAACAACUACCUCACCAACACCUGGUGGAACCCACUGUUCAACUUCAUGGAGAGGAACGUCCAAACCUCGGUGCCAUGCUCUUACAGCUGGCCCUUCACCUGGCCUCCUGCCUGCCUUAAGAACCCCUGCAAGAAGUACUCCAUGGUACAGAGCACACGAGAGGAGUGACACGACCCCGAUGCCCCCUGUCUACCGGACAGGAACACAAUGAUACCAAAUGCAUAGCCAUGAAAGAAAGUGUUUCCGCAAAAAUUAAGGAUAAUCAUAAUGUCUCUGUUUGUUCUUUAUAAUUUAUUUAUGAGAUAAAGUCAGUUUGUUUGCAACAGACUCACAUGUUUGUUGCAGUAUUUGCAAGACUUGAUUUUAGGAAUGCUACCUAAGCUCUUUAAUAAUGUGUUGACGGGGUUUACCUCAAUAUGAUAUCAAUGUCCUCAAGUCACAAGGUGCCUUAGUGUGUUUACCAUAAUAGGUGUACCAAAACUUCCACUAUGAGUCUUGGUGUAUUUGUUUUUUUCUAUAGUAUUUUAUUAUUAUUAUUAUUAUUAUUAUUAUUAUUAUUAUUAUUAUUAUUAUUCAUUUUGUAUUAAUUUGAUUAGCCUUUAGCGUGUAUAUCCAAGCUGUAGUAUAAACAUUGUACAAUUGUAUUAAAGUUAAACCAUACUAAGG